AUUGAGAUAAAUUUCUGAAUUAUGGAAUUCAACGCAGGCUACAAUUCCACAAUGAUGAUGUCAUCAACUUCUUCUGAUAAUAUAACAUUAAUUGGAACAUGGAAGGAUUUGGAAAAGGAGGCCUGGGAACGAGGAAUAUUCAGUCUGUCUGAAGCAAUUGCGUUUUCAGUGGCAGUUGGACUGAUGUUCAUAUUCAGCAUGAUUGCAAACAUUGUCACAAUAACUGUUAUAGCAAAGACGCCAAAGUUGAUAUUAUCACCAUUCAACAUCAUGAUCAUUAGUCUGUGUGUUUCUGAUCUGAUAUCAACUAUUUACAGUCCUUUCAUCUUGUUUUGGAAAACAUUUGGCUUGUUCGAGUAUCCACUUCCUGUGUUUUUCUGCAAGAGUACGUUUGCUGUAGAUUAUUGGACGAACUCCGUGACUAUCCAACAUAUACUAUGUUUUCUUGCGAUCAGAUUGAUUGCAAUGAAGUAUCCGCACAGGAUAAAAAGAUUUACCAUCCAAAGGGCUAAGGUUUUCACAAUUGCAAUGUCAAAAGUCGAAUAAUGUACCAUGUGGCAACCUGGGAAACAAAAUUUUACGAUGAAGAUGAUUUAGGACACCAAGUGUACAUAAGAAUAGUUUUUCUGAAUUUUUGUUGCGUUUGUGGUUGCUAAGGAGAUUGUAAUUUCCCCUAACGAUUUUAAGACUCUAGAAUUCGACUCGUUUAAUUCUUUUAAGUAUUUUUGCAAUUCAGAGAAACACAUUUUUAUUCCGUCAAGCUUGCCCGCUUACGUUACAACUGUCCUCCGUUUUGAUCACCGAACUCGGUUCCGGGCGUUACAUAGUUACCCGUUACUCUGUGCCUGAGACAAGUUGUGUUCGUUAGCCUCCUUUGUCAAAAUUUAUAGAAUUUGACCAAUGCAAUAAAAUACAAAACACGAUAUGACAGCUAAAGUGAACACAAAUGUAGGGGGAAAACUUCGCCUUCUAUCGACGUCAAGUGGGAUGUUACGUAACCUCGGAGUCAAAUUUCAAGUCUAUAUUUUGUGACUCAACUGUGGUAUAUUUUAUAUUUCUAUACCAAGCACAAAGGUAUCAAAUAAAUGUCUCGCUGGUAAAUACAAAAUUAUCCACCUCAGUACGGCAUACAUCUCCGAUUUCAAGAUUGUUCUGAAAUUGAGGCUUAUAUAAAAGAAACGCAAUGAUUGUUUGUGAAAGAAAAGAGGGCGCCUGGGAGAACGGAACUGAAAAUGCGUAAUGUUGUUUCGAAUUAGGCUCCUUGGGUGUAGCUAUUGAAAACAUAUGUUCACAGAACAUGAUAUCACAUAACUACCCUUUUUCAAAUAUCUAUAUAUUUAUGAGAAAUAGAUAAAUUAAGUUCGUAUAUUUAAUACUCAGUUUCAUUGGCUGUUAUUAGUGCCGACAAAAAAAAUUUUCUGAGGAAAUGCGAUAUCAUUCGGAUGACUGAUUUUCAAUUUUUUUCUCCAUUUAAUAAAUGUAUGAAAGUGAUAAUAUUAAAAAUAUUUCAGCUUGUAUAUAUGAAGCAUUGUGAUUUGUACACUGUCCAACGGUGUGCAGUUAGUAAGGCCAGAUUGACCGAGGCAAAAGUUUCUUAGAAAUUGAAGCUAGAACAUAAAUACAGCAAUAGGAUAUAUAAUAUUUUAUAACAAAAAACUAUAAACUUCAUCUUAAUGACAAUAUAAAGUUACGCGGAACAUGGAACGCGACGCUGGUUACAAUUUCACAAUGGUAAUGUCAUCAACUGUUCCUUCAAAUAUGACCACGAUUGUGCCUGAAAAUUUGAAAAGGUAUUUUUGUUAAUUUUAUUAGCAUUUGAAAAUGUUCUAUUUAGUACACGUGUUAUUCUUAAUUUAAUAAUAUAUAGGGAGGCCUGGGAACGAGGAAUAUUCAGUCUUUCUGAAGCAAUUGCGUUUUCAGUGGCAGUUGGAGUGAUGUUCAUAUUCAGCAUGGUUGCAAACAUUGUCACAAUAACUGUUAUAGCAAAGUCACCAAAAUUGAUGUUAUCACCAUUCAACCACAUGAUCAUUAGUCUGUGUGUUUCAAAUCUAUUAUCAACUAUUUACAGCCCCUUUGUCGUGUAUUGGAAAACAUUUGGCUUGUUUGAGUAUCUACUUCCCGAAAUUUUCUGCAAGAGUACGUUUGCUAUAGAUUAUUGGACGAACUCUAUGACUAUUCAACAUAUAUUAUGUUUUCUUGCAAUUAGAACAGUUGCAAUAAAGUAUCCACACAAGUUAAACAAAUUCACCAUUCAGAGAGCUAAGAUGUUGAUAUGUUUCAUUUGGUUCGAAACUGCUUUGGGAAAUUUGAUAUUAGGAAUGUGGCUACCUCAUGUAUAUCUCUCAUCUGAAUUGAGUCUUACAGGAAGGACAUGUGCAGUUCAUCGUUCACGAUGGAAAUACGCAGGAUUGUUUUUCUACAUUGGCAACUCUAUAUUUUUGUUUAUACCCACAUUUCUGAUUGUAAUAUUGACUGUUUUUUUAAUUGGAGUUUUCACGAAAAGAAUGGAAAGCAUUCGGGAAAGAAAUAGAUUCACUCAUUUGAUUUACAACUUGUUGAAAAAAAGAUUUGAAGCAAGAAGUUCUUGGCUUUCAGGCAUGCUGGCCCACAUACUUCUGAGAAUUUCCGAAUGCCUGAAUCCCGUGCUCUACAAUCUUGGAUCCAGUCAAAUAAGAGAAGCUACCAUGAAAUUUCUACGCAUCGGAAGAAACGAACCGCGAGAAAACACAAUACAAUUAAGAGCUGCAAAGGAAUCAACUGAACAAAUAAAUUGAGUUUGGUUCGGCAUAUCAGUGGUUUAGAUUUAUACAGGAAUUAUAAAGUAAAUAUGUUGCUCUUUUGAAUCAAAUAUAAAUUAUAUAUAUGUAGAGACUAGGUAUGGGCAAUAUAGAAUACCGAAUCCGGAAUAUUCGAAUCCAAAAGAAUCCGAUAACAGGCUUCGGUUUCCGCCUCAAGUCAAUUUUUGUAUUUCAGAAUCCUAACUUAUCAAUCAGCGACGAGCGUUUUCUCUCGCGGCGAAAUCUUUCUUGUUUUAUCGCAAAGAACCCGCAAAAGUGGCAGACAUCAAUCAAACGCCGUGAACCCAGCUCGCAUCAGAAGCGAAGACGGCGUCAUUGCACAAUUUUGCGUUUUACAAUUUUACUAUCUAGUUCGCUUAUAAUAAUGAUUAUUAUUGUCAAUCCAUCGCCUACUUCAAUCCAUCGUUCAAACUCGACAGACGCUUGGCAGGGUGUCGUGCGAUAUUUUAGUCGACGAUAGAUUUUAAAAAGUCGCCACACGUGGUGAAGACCGGCCUUAACUAUUAAUGGACAUUAUGCAAAGCAUAUCGCCAAAACUAUAAUUUGUCUAUAGAUGUUAUUUUACGAGUCUUUCUCGCAGAAAAUAAACACGCUGACAUAUUUGAAUAUAAUCAUAGCCGUUAUAUUUAUUUUACACUAUUAUUAAACGCGUCCUACCAAGUGAGGCACCCGUUGCCGCCGCAUAAAUCGCAGGGGCUUCGGUACGGCCUGUAUGUUUUCGGCGCUCUCACAUAAAUACAAUUUACCCAAUGUUUUUGUCAUACCUAUUUUUGGUAUGUUUUCGGCGCUCUCACAUUAAUACAAUUUACCCAAUGUUUUGUCAUACCUAUUUUUUGUAUGUUUUCGGCGCUCUCACAUUGAUACAAUUUACCCAAUGUUUUUGUCAUACCUAUUUUUUGUAUGUUUUCGGCGCUCUCACAUUGAUACAAUUUACCCAAUGUUUUUGUCAUACCUAUUUUUUGUAUGUUUUCGGCGCUCUCACAUUAAUACAAUUUACCCAAUGUGUUUGUCAUACCUAUUUUUUGUAUUGCACAAUUUAGUAGUAAACACCGCUAUUUAUUUUAACAUACUGUAUAAGUAGGCUAUUUCCGGAGUACAUAAAUUUUGAACAGUUCAGGGCAAAAAGUGAUUUGUUAAAAUUCUUAUAUAUAUUUCAUUGUCCUGUUUGGUAACAAUUAAAAUCCAAUGGUAUUUCCAAUUAAAUACUAAGGUAGUAGUAGGCUACAUUUACAAUAUUGCUUAUCCAUCAAAAUGGUGGAAGAAUUCCCACGUUGGAAUAUCAAUAAAAAAUAGAAUAGGAUUCGGUAUUCGAUUCAAGUAUUCUAGAAUAGUAAAUUAUUCUAUAUUGCCCAUCCCUAGCAGAGACAUGUUGUUUUGUCCUUGUUUAUUAUAAUAUUCACAGUACUUAUCAAUUGAACACCGCAUUUAAAGAAACAAAAAUCAUCAAGCUCCAUGGGUGAUUUUAACGAGUAGCAAACAGAAGAUCAACCGCGAACAACUAUAUUGCUAAUGCCAAUCCAUAUCGUCCUAGGCGAUAAAACGACUAACGUGGGAUAGCGAUAACCGCAGAGCCUUGGAGGUCACCAAGCUGAUUUUAUGGUCGGUGAAUUUUCAUACGGAGCGACUUUUUUCAUAUUGUGUGAGAAACUGUUCGUUUCUGUUAGAUGGUGACCACUGAACAUCGAAAACUUGAGCAACGCGUAUUGAUGAUCUUGAAAAUCUGCUCUUACCACUGCGAAAAGUUUUCCGGGCACUCCAAUUUUUAUUACUCACCGAUUUGUUCCUGUAAGACAUUCAAAGCCAGCAUAUUUGACAAAGCAUGGAUAAACAUUAUGAAUCAAAUACACGUAUCUUAAUUUUUAUAUGUAAAUAUAAUGUCGCCACAUUGCAGCUUUAUUUGUAUAUACUGUGAAUAUAUAUAUUCCCAAUAU